UGCCAAACCGAAGAAAUGUCACUGAGGAAAGCCAUCGAACACCUUCAGUGCCCUCGUUCGUCUUUCCUCAAAACUCUUUCUUCGAUUCCUUUCGCCUCUCCUUUUUCCACGAGUUCACUGCAACGGCCAUCUCUAAAAACUACGAACCCAAUCCAACUUCUAAACCACCACGAACACAAAGACCAGGACCCUUACUCUCUGCUCAAAGAAGAUCCUAUUGAUAUAUGCAGCUCUCUUUGGGUCAAAACCUUCUCCUCCCCACCAAACACUACCUUCCCCAACCUCACUGGCUUUCUCUCCAAAUUCGAUCUCUGGGUUCUGGCCUACCAGCGAUCUUGCGCCCAUGUGACUGGUACUUUUCCUCCCCGAAACGCCAUUCAUUCUCAUGUUCUGCGGGACCUGCUCUCUCUUCGGAACGCCGUCAUUCACGGACGAUUUGCAUGGAACAAGAAGACCCAGCAAUUCAUUCGCAGCCCCAAUGACAAGCCUCUCUCGAAACCAUUGUCUAAGCGCAAGCUUCAAGCAAUUCUCGAGUCCAGUGAGCCUUGUUUUCAGGACAGGAUCGUUCAGGAGGUGUUGUUGUUGAUUUUAGAGCCUAUUUUCGAAGCUCGGUUUUCAGCAAAGUCACACGCUUUUCGACCUGGCCGAAGUGCCCACACCGUUAUUCGGACAAUUCGGAGUAAUUUUGCUGGCUAUUUAUGGUUUUUGAGGGGCAAUUUGAGUGAGAUUUUGGAAAAUGUGGAUAAAAAUAUGGUGAUGGGUUGUCUUGAAAAGGCUAUCAAGGAUAGGAAAGUACUGAGUUUGAUCAAAUCUGCACUUAAACAGCCGGUGAGACGUAAGUCACAUAAUGAUGAAACUGAAGAGUCGAAGAAGGAUAAGAAAAGGAAAGGUACUAAGAAGAAGAUUCUCAAUGAGAAUGAACCAAAGCCGGACCCAUAUUGGUUAAGGACAUUCUACAAUUUUGCCCCGGAGGAGGCUGCUAAGGUACCAUCUUAUGGUCAUUGUGGAAUUUUAAGUCCCUUACUUGCUAAUAUUUGCCUUAAUGAAUUGGAUCAUGUGAUGGAAGAAAUGAUAAUUGAGUUUUUCAGACCGUGCAAGUCUGACUCAAUAUGGAAAUAUUCUAUUGAUGAUGGCUGUCAUAACCCUGCUUGGCCAGAGUUUGUUCCAUCUAGUGGGAAGCAAAAAACUAGGAAGAUGGAUUACAUAAGAUAUGGAGGUCAUUUCCUGAUUGGGAUCCGAGGUCCUAGAGAGGAUGCUGCGGAGAUUAAAGAAGUUAUUGAAUUUUCUGAGGAUGCGUUUGGGAUACGGUUGGAUAAUUCAAAGGUGGAGAUCGAACAUAUUACAAGGGGAAUCCAAUUCUUGGACCAUAUGAUAUGCCGAAGGGUGAUACAUCCAACCUUACGUUACACAGCUUCGGGAGGCAACAUAGUGAGUGAAAAGGGUGUAGGAACUUUGCUUUCAGUCACUGCUAGUUUACAACAAUGCAUUCGCCAGUUUCGGAGGCUUGAGUUGCUGAAGGGAGACAAAGACCCUGAGCCGCUGCCAUGUACUCCUAUGUUGUAUUCAAGUCAAGCUCAUACGAACUCCCAAAUGAAUAAAUUCCUCGAGACCAUGGCUGAUUGGUAUAGAUAUGCUGACAACCGUAAGAAAGUUGUUGGGUUUUGUGCAUAUGUAAUUCGUAGCUCUUUGGCUAAGUUGUAUGCUGCUAGGUACAGGCUAAAAUCUCGUGCCAAGGUGUAUGGAAUAGCUUCGAGAAAUCUUAGUCGACCUUUGAGAGAGAGUAGCAACAAUUCUGCUCCUGAAUAUUCUGACCUUUUGAGGAUGGGGCUGGUUGAUGCAAUUGAAGGUGUUCAGUUUUCACGGAUGUCUCUAAUUCCUUCUUGUGAUUACGCUCCAUUCCCAAGGAACUGGAUCCCAGAUCAUGAGAAGGUGUUGCGUGAGUAUACGAAACUUGAUAAUCCGAAGUCUUUUUUUGACUUGCUUAGGUCCAUUAAACAAGAAGGUUUGAGUCUUCCUCAAGAUGAAAUAUCUCAAAUGAUGUGGGAUUUUAAGACUCUAGGGAUUCGUCAUUUUCAAUCUGAUGGAGAUAAAGAAAGAAAAGAGGAUUUAGAAGAGGCACAUGGGUAGGUUUACCAGUGAUUAAAUUAAUGAAAUAUUCCUAUCUAAAGUUUGCACCACAUCUUUGGCUGUUUAUUAGAAUUGUCAAGUACACUUCAACUAUUUAGAGUGUGAAGGCCCUUCAACUAAUUUUCUUUAGUUGUUGCACGAAGUUCUUGCUCAUGCUGGGAUAAUCCAUAUAUCUGGUAGGAUGCAUCCACGACACAGGUGCAACUGACAUGAGGUUGUUGUAAUGGGAUUGACAUUAUAGAGCAGGCCAAAAGGUUGAUUUGGUAUUUAACUGAAUGUAUCAGGCUACAACAUGCCUUGGCUGUUGGCAGCUUUGUGGGUUAAAGUUGGAGGGUGUGAAAUUUGUUGAAAUAGUGACUAUUCAUGUCUCCUUAGAUCCACCACUUACAGAUUAAUGUCUUGUAGGAUUUGAUGACUUUGUUUCAUCUGAAGACUUUGGUUACUUAAAAACACUGGUCAUGAAGUACUCAAGAGGAACUGUAUGUGCUGGGGACAUUUGAGAGUUAAAAGGUUACAUCUUUGGAAUACCCAAAAGAAAAAAAAAUCAUCUUAAUCUACUACUUGUUAUUCAAGUUGGCUGGAUUGCUGGAAUUCUUUGUGGAUAUUGGUGCCUGACCAAUUACAGUUGAAGAUUCACUAUUCUUCAAAAGCAUGUUUGGCGAAAGGUUAUGAUGAUAGCCAGAGAAGUGUAUACAGUGUAACGUAAAUAAUAAUUGAGAGUUGAUCCAUGAGCUUCUGGCUGUUUGUUUUGUAGAAUAUGAACAACAACGUUCGAUGGGUGACUUUGAAACCAAUUAGUGGAGAGAAAGAAGUGUGUACAGAUUUCAUCUCAACUUCCCUCUAGCUUCCCUGUAACAAAUUUGAAUUGAGGAUUUCAACUUAACAAUGUUGAAUAGUGUUUCUUGGGCAAGCGCAGAAGAAAUGUUUACUUGUGUCUUACUGUGUUUAUUUUAUUAGAAGUUAUCUUGGCUGGAGAUAGGAGGUCAUCAGGUAAUGCUAGCGUGGAGCAGUGGCAGUACUAGUUUCUUUAAAACUUGAUUCAGAAAAAUCACUCGAAUCAGGAUGCUUUAUUAACAGGAUUUUCAAUUUCCAAUUUUUCAUAGUGCCUGGCCUUCUCAUUCCUCCUAACAUUCAAUGUUCAUGAACUUUGAAUG